AUAAACAAAAUAGACAAAAUAAACUUUUUUGUUUUGUUUUUGGGUAUUAAUACUUCUUUUUUGUUUGCUUUCCUCGUAAAACCCAUGACCCCUUUCUUCCUCUCUUGCUUCUAAUCUUCAAGAAAAAUGCCUUCUUUUGCUUUUGGAUCUCAUCACCAUUUGGCCAAUCCCACUGACUCGCCGUACACCGUCGAAAUUAGCAUCGACGGCGACUCCUCCGACUUAGAUUCCUUGUCUGAGGUCGACUUAGAGAGCGGCGGUGUGACGAAGCUGCAUUCCGGUGGUGGUAAGAAGAGGAGGACGAGGAGGAGAAAGAAGAAGAAGAAAAGGAAGAAGAAAGAGAGUAGAGAUUGCAGGAUCUGUCAUCUGCCUUUAGAGACUACUAAAAAAGCAGAUGAGGAAGGUGAAGAUUCUGAUGAACAAGAAGAACAAGGUGAAGAAGAAGAUGAAGCAAGAGACGGUGAAGAAGAGGAAGAGUAUUAUGGUUUGCCUUUGCAAUUGGGUUGUUCUUGUAAAGGUGAUUUGGGUGUAGCUCACAGUAAGUGUGCUGAAACUUGGUUCAAGAUCAAAGGAAACAUGACAUGUGAGAUAUGCGGGGCAAUGGCUAUAAACGUAGCUGGGGAACAGUCAAACCCAGAGAGCACCGCCUCUACACAUUCACAAGUGGCUGCAGGACAAACUCAGAGUAGUCAGACAGAGCCAAGGGGAAUCUGGCAUGGUCGCCGUGUAAUGAACUUCUUACUUGCCGCUAUGGUCUUUGCCUUCAUUGUCUCUUGGCUUUUUCACUUCAAAGUCCUCAAGUGAAACAAACUCCAUCCAUCCCACCCUCUCUCUCUUCUCCUGGCUCUUGAGCCGCUUGCAAUCACUUCAUCAAAUCCCUCCUGUUGCUUGAUUGUUCGUUCACACGUUUUGUAGCUGUAAAAACUUGUUAGUUUUUAGAUUGUUGUUGUCACUUGUGAGCUUUACAUCUUCUUGUAUAAUAUCCAUCUCUACUCAGGCUUGGUCUAAACUUGUGUGCAAUCAAGAAUAGGGUCUUAGCU